GCUGUUUCCUGUCUACAGUGUCUGUGUAAUGUAGAUAAAUGUGAGGAUUUUCUCUAAAUCCCUCUUCUGUUUGCUAAAUCUCACUGUCACUGCUAAAAUCAGAGCAGAUAGAGCCUGCGCAAUGGAAUAAAGUCCUCAAUAUUGAAAUGUGACAUUGCUCUCAACAUCUCACAUCUCUCUGGAUUUCUUUUUUCUCAUCAUUACUGCUAACAAAUUCAUUUCCAGACUUUGCACUUUUAAGAAGCAAUGGAAAAAAUCAACAAUCUUUCAACACAAUUAGUUAAGUGCUGCUUGUGUGAUUUCUUGAAGGUGAAGAUGCACACUGUGUCCUACAUCCAUUUCUUCUACCUUGGCCUGUGUUUGCUUACCUUAACCAGUUCUGCUGCUGCUGGCCCAGAAACACUCUGUGGUGCUGAGCUAGUUGAUGCUCUUCAGUUUGUGUGUGGAGACAGAGGGUUUUACUUCAGUAAGCCUACAGGGUAUGGAUCCAGCAGUAGACGCUUACACCACAAGGGAAUAGUGGACGAAUGCUGCUUCCAGAGUUGUGACCUGAGGAGACUGGAGAUGUACUGUGCUCCAAUAAAGCCACCUAAAUCUGCACGCUCUGUACGUGCUCAGCGCCACACUGAUAUGCCAAAAGCACAAAAGGAAGUGCAUUUGAAGAAUACAAGUAGAGGGAACACAGGAAACAGAAACUACAGAAUGUAAGAACAUGCCGUCCACAAGAAAGAAGAAUGGAUGUGCCAUCUGCAGGAUACUUUGUUGUAAAUAAAUUAUUUGUUAAGCAUUGGAAGACUUAAAAAAACCCUAUGGUUUAAUAAGCUUGAUGCAAUCUCAACCAAUGGGCAUUCUCCCAGUGAACAAUGCAACUAAACAUUCCAAUACUAAGUCUUUAGAGAACAGAACAUUUUAACAAGCCCAGAGCUAAAAAAUUCUGUGGUUGAUAUAUUACUGUUUGUUAAUCUGUUUUAAAUGUCCUGCACAAAAUCUCUUAAAGUCCUGUGCCCCUCAAAAGCCUACAAAUUUAUGGGCCUUUGAUGGAUCCAAUUGCACUAAAUUAACCUAUGAA